ACCGUGACGUUCUCUGUUCGAAAACUGGAUCAGUUCCUGACCGCAUCCAUGAGGCGUCUUGCGAGGAUUUAGCUAGAUCCCAAAAAUCGCGUUCGAAAAAAUCUUUAGAGCAGUUGUGAUUCGAUCGAGCAAGAGUGCACAGUGAAAUCAUCCAAUCGUUCAAAUUAGUGCGAUACGAUCGAGCGCAUAAUGAUAACGAUAACGGUGGUGUUACUGCUACUCGCGGUAUCGAUGGUCAAUUCCCUGCCGCUCGCUAAUGUGCAUGUGAAAUUUGUAUCACCCUCCAAUGUACACGAGCACAGCAUCACAACAGACGGAGAUCGAACAUUGGCUCAAAAGUCAUUUAUCUCGAUCGGUCGAAGAAGCUCGACAAAGCGUUCUAAGGAUCUCGAUUAUAAUUACAGAACAAAUCUACGGCGAAAUUACGCACAGCAGACAAUACCGAUAACGAGCUCCGAAAACGCUGAAUCCCUGUGGCCAGUCGGUGUCUUCCUGCCUCCGAUUGACAUCAAUGAUCUUGGAUAUAGUUGGCACGAGGUGCAACGUGGUCUUCCUGAUUUCUAUAAAUUGGAGGGACGAGAUCCGUAUUUAUUAACUGGCCGUGAAGCAAUGAUGGCAGUUAAAUAUCUCUAUGGACUGGGUGAGCUUUUCUUCGAUGAUUACCCGCAUGCAAAAGCAUUGCUGCGAAAUCAGGAAGAGAGAAGGUUAAAUGGUUUGCAUGGACAAAUUCUGGGAAGUUUAAAUCCUAGAUCUCCGUUUCACAGGCAAGGCGUCAAGAAGCAAAACUAGCUAACUACUUAAACUAAGAGUGAUCUGAAAAGUUAUUUAUAUUCAGUAGAGAUAUUACUGUGCUCCAGAAGAAAAAAUAAUAUAUAAGUUUAAUUUGCAAUAUAUAAUAUUUUUUAUAAAUAAAAAAUGUA